AAAUUACACUCAGUAUAAACAAAUGUGGUUGAAAAGAGUUUGUAAGUUUGCUUUGGUGUGAAGCUCGAAGGCUCUUAAUCAAACAGGUUCAGAGGUUUAGAAAUCCUUUCCAGGUUUACUGAAUCGUUAUUUUUUCCCGGAAGUUUCACUGAAAGCUGGUUUAAUUGCACUACGUUUGAGUGUGAAGUUCGUUCAUGUCCGUCUAGACUGAUUACGACUCUGUUUUGUCUGGGUUUCUACCUUGACCUUGGACCUCCGGCCAGCUGGCGUUUGAAGGAAUGGUCAAUAUUUGUGAGCUGUUUGCCUCCCAGCCCAAAUUAGUUUUUUCUCCUUUGUAGAUACUUGAGUGUUAUUUACUUUAACCAUAACUGAAACGGUUUUGUUCUCUUCAUCCUACAGAAUUCUACACAAAAGUCCUUACAGGUUCCUGAUAACUCUGCAAUCUCUCUCUCUCUCUCUCUUUCUCUCUCUUCAGCUGUAAGUAAAUAUUUAUCCUUUUAUAUGUCUAAAGUGUUAGUCAGGCUAUAACAUUAUAGGAUUUGUUUUCAUUUUCACAGUGAGUAUAGAGCCUACCUGUAAAACAGUUCCUCUAACAGAUUACCAUUUUCUGCAUUAACAGAUGGUGAUUUCUGUUCACGGAUAACCUGCUGAAUUUGUUUAUUCAGAUUCAAGCAAACAGAAAUGUUAGGCUUUGAAAUGUAAGAUGUAAAAAUUAGUAAAGUUUUUUGCACAAAUUACCUUUACCUUUUUUUCACGAAAUAAUAUUGCUGAUAUCGAAGCUGCAUUGAAGUCAAAUAUUAUUUUUAUGAAAAAGAUUUUGCGCCUUCAGUGACUUCCUUACUUCCUCCUGUAAAUGAGGUGUCCUCCCCUUUAAGGCUAUAGUUUAAGGCUUCUCUUUUCUCAGCCAAUGAGAAGCUCAGAUUUAAAAUGAUCCUACGAAACGUUAUGUAUGAGCUUCCACUUAAAGGGAUGAGAUGUCUUUUUCCUUCUGCUUCUCUUUCUCUUCUUCUUCUUCUUCUUCUUGUUAGUGUCAGCAAAAAAACUCGAGCCGGUCUUUAAUUACGAAUCGCACGAAUUGAGGCUUAGGCGGACGCGCAUGCGCAGAGAGAAAGAAGAAGAAGGGAAGAAAAUGAGCUUGGAAGUGAGAGGUGAAGUGUCCCUCUUUCGGAGCACUAGUCGACUUUUUUUUUAAAGCAUCGACAGCUCAUGACAUGACGUUCAUGGUUGUGGAUACCUGACCUUGAUUUGGUUAUUUAUUUAUUUAUUUGCAAAAAAAAAGAAGAACAAAAACAAAAAAUAAUCACGAAUGAAAAUAGACAAGCCAUGGAGGGACUGAGCGGGAACUGUCCUGCCUCUCAUUGCAGGGAGCUGAUCUCUCACCCCGGACUAGGGCGACACUCUGGGACUAUUAUGCCCCACCAGGGCUCGAUUUACCCCGAUAUCUCCUCUCCGGAGGGCGGAAGGCAAUGUCCAGGGCCUCAGACACCCUCCUCCGGGGCAUCUUUGGGUUAUAAUUACCCUUAUUCCUACUACGAAUGCCGUUUGAGUCAUUCUCACGGUGUUAAUGUGCAGAAGCCGUGCUCUUAUCACCCCGCUGACAAAUACCCUGAGCACGGGGAAGAGCUCUCCAGCCGAGCCAAAGAACUGGCUUUUUACCCGGGUUUUGCCGGCUCUUACCAAACCGUCCCGGGAUAUCUGGACAUGGCGGUGAUGCCGGGAAUCGGUGCUCAUCCAGAAGUGCGGCACGAGAGCUUAAUCCCGGUGGAUGGAUAUAAUCACUGGGCAUUGAGCAACGGAUGGGAUGGACAAGUGUGUUUUUCCAAAGAGCAGACUCAGCAGAGCCACCUCUGGAAGUCACCUUUCCCAGAAGUUGUGCCACUGCAACCUGAAGUCAGCAGCUACCGACGAGGCCGCAAGAAGCGCGUGCCUUACACCAAGAUCCAGCUAAAAGAGCUCGAGAAGGAGUACGCGUCCAACAAAUUCAUCACCAAAGAUAAACGACGACGGAUCUCCACCAUCACUAACCUCUCAGAGAGACAAGUUACCAUCUGGUUUCAGAACCGACGUGUAAAAGAGAAGAAAACCGUCUGCAAGUCGAAGUCAAGCGCCCACAUGCACGCUACCUGAGGAGAGGCGAAUCUGUAAACAUAAAACAGAAGAUAAAAAUAAGAUUUUAAAAAUGCAGAUUAAUAACCCCUUAUUGACAUAUCUAUUGAUGUAUUAAUGACGUUUUGGUAAAUUGUGAUUAUCCCAGCCACUCGGAAAUUAGCAUUGUGUAAGUUCAAACCAACAAAAACCCUCAUAAUCAAUUAUUCAAAUAUUCUAGUAGCUUCAAUCUACAGGAACCAAUUUCCUGUUAAACAAACAAACAAACAAACAAACAAACAAACAAUAACUUCUCCUUCUCAUUUAUCUGGUAAGAUCUGGCCUAACACAUUUCCCGAUCUCCUCAAAGCAAAAGACAAAUUUAAAAGGUUUCAGUGGCUUUAUUUGUAUAAAGGAAAUCAAACUGGGGUUUUCUUCUCACUUUGUUUCAUAAAACUUCUCACUCGUGUGUAAAGUUCCGAACAGUUAAGAUCAGCGGGGUUUUGGGGCGAAGUUAGUGCGCGUUGCUUUAAUUCAUUCCUAUGAAACAAAGUUUGCGUGAGAAGUGGUUGAAAAAAAAUCUACUUAUAAAUAUUCAUAAAUCUCACGUUUUUAAAAAGCUCAGUGUGUCUUGUGUUGGACCCGAAAUGUGCAGGUCUGCAAGGCUGCGUCUGUGAUAUUGUACAGUGCCGUGCAUAAUUAUUAUUUAAUUAAGACUCUCUCGUGCGACAGGAGGUGUAAAUUGCUAUUAUUUUAUCGUGUAUUUUAUGUCAUUCUCGUUUUUUUCUCAUUGAAGGAUGUUUCUCUGUCAUGAAACUGGAAUGUUUUGUUAUUGCCUUGUGGAUAUUAAAGAGUAUUGCUUAUUAAUGCAUAAUUUUCA